GGGCCCCCGUCGCAGUUGACGAUCCACUUCUACAGAAGCUCAGGUCCCAUCGACAACGCUAAAAGAUGAAGUUCCUACCCAUUUUCGUCCUGGUUGCUGUCUGCUUCGCCGUUAUUGUGGAAUCUAAGCCUUUACUGGCCAACGGUAUCGAGGAAGAAGAGAGAGCAGUCACAGACAAACCCAAGACCGAAAAACCGAAGACAGAAAAAACCGAGAAACCGAAGACCGAAAAACCGAAGACAGAAAAAACCGAGAAACCGAAGACCGAAAAACCCAAGACAGAAAAAACCGAGAAACCGAAGACCGAAAAACCCAAGACAGAAAAGACAGAGAAACCGAAGACAGAGAAACCGAAGACAGAAAAACCGAAGACGGAAAAAACUGAGAAACCGAAGACGGAAAAACCCAAGACGGAAAAAACCGAGAAACCGAAAACCGAAAAACCAAAGACAGUGAAACCAUAGAUAGAAAAUCCUCCAAGUGAAUGGAGAAACCUACAUCCAUGACGACAACCACUACUACGAUAACUGAAAUGUCCCUACAAUACGAUGAAUCUUUUUUCCGAGCUUUUUCUUCUAUUCUAAAUCAUUUUACUUUAUAAUAGCCUAUAUAUUGGAAAUGGAAUGACCUGGCAAAAAAAAAUUUCUAUCAUAAACAUAAUACACACAUUAUUAGCAGCAUUA